AUGCUUACUCUGAAACUCUUCGUUUAUACCGUAGUGAUAUUUUUUGUUUCUCUCUUUAUCUUUGGAUUCCUAUCUAAUGAUCCGGGGCGUAAUCCUGGACGUGAAGAAUAA